AUGUCUUCUGCGCUUAUUGCGAACAAUAAAAGCAAAAUACCACCCGAGGCCUCACUUAGCGCUGUAAAGGCGAAACCCUCGAAGCAGCUGCGGACCGAGGGCACCAUUGGGCUGAUGUACACGGCGUCACCAGGCACUCUGGAGCGAGCGAGCUACAGACCACCAGCCGGACGCGACCCACGAGUACCAGGGCCGGACAGCCGGGGCGUCGACGCUGAAGGGUUCCGACUCGUGGCGGGUAGCACGCGAAACGGGCAGCAGUACGCCACCUUUCUGAGGGUAGGGAACCUGAUCGAGUUGGAUGGAUGGGAGCCCACCGACCACCGUCCUUUGACGCUUGUUCUUAAUGUUACAGUGGAUGACGAAAGCAGGUGUAGGGACGGUAAAGGCCGGAAAGCCCGGGUGGAGUUUGAUAUUGCACGAUACCAGGAUUAUGCGGAAUAUUUUGAGGGGGGGUCCCCUACUAUGAAUGCCUUAAGCCAAGUGGCCGAGGACCUGCAGAGGGGAGUUUGCAAUACCACACAAGCUGUCGAACGCAUUGGAGGUGCCCUGUACAAAGUCCUGGUGGGAAUACGGUUUGGUGGAACCGGGAAUGUCAACAAACACGGCAACGCAUGUUGGAGAGUAGAGCACAUCUGGGUCCAGGCCGGACUGGCUGAGUGGCUCUUGGGUGUGGAGGAGCACUGCCGGGCAGCUCACGAGGUGGAACUGGCCGGAGCGCAAUACACAGCAGCACCAGGAGGCAACCAGCUCCCGUAA